GCGUUGACUGGGGCUAAGUCGUGCCCCGUGUUAUUACACAGCAGUAUUGGGGGUGGCGCGCCUGUCGCCCGACUGCUCUGGUCGGAGGCUUCUGCACAGAGAUGGCAAGAGAACCGUAGCAGCCUGUGGGGCCUGUUCGGUUGGGUGUUUUACCGACAGCCGUAACAUUAGAGAGCCGCAGAGCGUGGGGAAGGAGCGGGACGACGGGCAAGGAACCAUGGGACACGGAGUAGGCUGAACCGGAGGGUCUAGCAGCACACACCAAUUGUUUCCCACUGUGGCUUAUGACAUGGCCACGGCCUCAUCCAGAGCAGAGUCUAGCCAUAACCACAUAGGAACGUCACAGCUUCAUGCCAUUGUUUCCUGUGCCAAAAUCAAGAGGAAGAAGAGCCUGUUUGGGACUGCCAUUUAUGUGGAGGUGACAGCGGAGGGGGAGUCACGCCGCACGGCAAAGUCUCACAGCUCCUCCAGUCCUAAAUGGGAUGAGAGGCUCACUCUGAAUGUAACACCGCACACACAGGUGGAUUUCAAAGUAUGGAGUCACUACACCCUGAAAGCAGACGCUCUGCUGGGCAAAGCCACACUGGACCUAAUGCAAGCAUUGGAGCAGCAUGACAGAAAAUUGGAGAAUGUGAAGGAGGUGCUGAAGCUGAGCAUGGAGCAGAAAGGAGCUCUGGUGCCCACAGGGGAGCUGACUGUCUACCUAGAUGGACUGGCACACACAGACCAGGAGGAACUGGCGCAGCUUACCAACGACAAUGCCACAAGUGGCACCAAAGGCCAACAGAAUGGUGAUACCAUACAUGAAAAUGGAGACUCUUCGUCCUCUUCCUCAAGGGCUGCCAACAGCACAGUGAAUGGUACAGACUUGGGCCCGAGGUCAGAUUCCUGUUCAGCCUCCAACGGUGUGGAUGGUCAGGUGCCCUCCAGCACCUGCAGCCCUGCCCUCGGUCAUGUCGUGAAUGGAGACACCACACCCAACUCCACCCCAGUCCACCAACCCUCAGACAGUGACACAGAGAGUAGGACAGUCAACGGGGAGUCCUGUGAUGUUGCUCUCGGGCCAUCAUCAAUUACAACAGGUGAUGUGCUGUCCCCUGCAGAUGAAAACGAGGACUGCAGUCAAGAUGGUGUCUUGCCAGACUCUGUCACAGCACCAAAUAGCACAUCUCAACCCCUGCCACCCUCCACACAGGCUCCAGCCUCCUCUUCUGCUGCUAGGCCUCCUGAUGGCACUACUGCUGCUUCCUCCACAUUCACCUCCCCAACCCAUAGGGCCACCACCAUCACAACCUCCUCAUCAUCGUCUUCUUCCUCUCCAGCACUGGGAGAAGCGAGUGCUUCAGGAGCUGGUGGUGGCAACAGUAGUAGCAGUGCAACUGUAACUACAGAUGGGGCCAAGCCCAGACAGCAGGUUCCCAAUGCUGGAGCCUCAGAUUCUCUGCCACCAGGAUGGGAGCAGAGGAAAGACCCGCAUGGGAGAACGUACUAUGUAGAUCACAACACCAGAACUACUACCUGGGAAAGACCACAGCCACUACCACCAGGUUGGGAGCGCCGUGUGGAUGACCGGGGCAGGAUCUAUUAUGUGGACCACAACACCCGCACCACCACAUGGCAGCGUCCCACUAUGGAAUCAGUUCGCAACUUUGAGCAGUGGCAGAGCCAGCGCAGCCAACUGCAGGGAGCUAUGCACCAGUUCAACCAGAGAUACCUCUACUCCGCAUCCAUGAUGUCUGCUGAGAAUGAUCCUCUUGGCCCUCUACCUCCUGGUUGGGAGAGACGUGUGGACUCUAAUGACCGAGUGUACUUUGUCAACCAUAACACCAAGACAACGCAGUGGGAAGACCCCCGAACCCAAGGGUUACAGAAUGAGGAUCCUCUGCCUGAAGGUUGGGAGAUCCGGUACACAAGGGAAGGCGUUCGCUACUUCGUGGAUCACAACACCCGAACCACCACUUUCAGCGACCCCCGCACUGGAAAGUCCUCUGUCACCAAAGGCCCUCAGAUUGCUUAUGAGCGCAGCUUCAGAUGGAAGCUUGCCCAUUUUCGCUACUUGUGCCAGUCCAAUGCUCUCCCGAGCCAUGUGAAGAUCACCGUCUCCAGACAGACGUUGUUUGAAGACUCUUUCCAGCAAAUUAUGGCCCUCAAGCCUUACGACUUGAGGAGGAGACUGUACGUCAUCUUCAGAGGCGAGGAAGGUCUCGACUAUGGUGGCUUAGCUCGAGAGUGGUUCUUCUUGUUGUCCCAUGAAGUGCUGAACCCCAUGUACUGUCUGUUUGAGUAUGCCGGCAAGAGCAACUAUUGUCUGCAGAUCAACCCAGCCUCGGCUAUCAACCCAGACCACCUCUCCUACUUCUGCUUCAUAGGCCGCUUCAUUGCGAUGGCACUUUUCCACGGCAAGUUCAUCGACACAGGCUUCUCUCUGCCUUUUUACAAACGCAUGCUGAACAAGAAGCUCAUCCUCAAAGAUCUCGAGUCCAUUGACCCAGAGUUCUACAACUCACUCAUAUGGAUCAGGGACAACAACAUUGAAGAGUGUGGUCUGGAGAUGUAUUUCUCAGUGGACAUGGAGAUAUUGGGGAAGAUCACCUCGCAUGACCUCAAACUGGAUGGCGCCAAUGUCCUAGUCACUGAGGAGAACAAGGAGGAGUACAUCAGUCUCAUGGCAGAAUGGAGGUUCUCCCGUGGGGUGGAAGGUCAGACCAAAGCUUUCCUGGAUGGUUUCAACGAGGUGGUUCCACUUCAGUGGCUCCAGUACUUUGAUGAAAAGGAGCUGGAGGUGAUGCUGUGUGGCAUGCAGGAGGUAGACCUGCAGGACUGGCAGAGGAACACAGUGUAUCGUCACUACACCAGGAACAGCAAACAGAUCAUCUGGUUCUGGCAGCUGGUGAAAGAGGUGGACAACGAAGUGCGACUGCGGCUCAUGCAGUUUGUCACUGGAACCUGCAGGCUUCCUCUGGGCGGCUUCGCUGAGCUCAUGGGAAGUAACGGGCCCCAGAAGUUCUGCAUUGAGAAGGUGGGGAAAGACACAUGGCUUCCUCGGAGCCACACGUGUUUUAACCGACUGGACUUGCCUCCCUACAAAAGCUUCGAACAGCUGAAAGAGAAGCUGCUCUUUGCCAUCGAGGAAACAGAAGGAUUUGGCCAAGAAUAGAGGGAGGAGUCCUCUUGUAUUUCUCUCCCUCCCCCAUCGCUGGAUGGACUGAUCUGAAGCAGAUGAAGCGGAGAAUAACCCUCUCAUACAGUUUGGCCCUCAAUGAGAGUGUGGACACCAGCCCAGAGAAAGAAGCGUCCUCUGAUUGACCCGCUUGGAUUAAAUUUAGGAAAAAAGACUCUAGUGUGAAGUUCCCAGACAAAAGCUACUAUAUGCAAAGGAAUGUGGGGACGAAAAGGAAAAUAUCCUAAAUUGAAGUGAAGGAGUGAAUAUUGUGGGUUUGUGUGUGUGUGGUGACGGUGGAGCCUGCGGUUUAAUGGUUCAGAUGAUUAAGCCAGAGACAGUGGACAUGUUCCAGGCCACUUAGACUGCAGCCUGCUGCUUCAGUAGGCAAGUAAGAUACACACGAGGAAGACGGAGUCACAGUUUUCAUUUAAACACUGAGCUAUUAGGAAAAUUGUCACAACAAAAAAAGAACAAAAACAGAUUAAGUGGCUCAGCCGUUGAUGUGCGCUUGGCUGACUCUGUUUUGCCUCUUUGAGUUUUGCUCUCGGACUUAAAGUGUCUCCAGUCUGUGGAGCCACUGUGGUUUACAGAGCAGCAGACAUGGUUCUUCUUAUUUGACAACAUGCAAGUCCCAUUUACUUAUGCUCGUCAGUUAUAGAUGUCAAAGCCGAGAAAUACCCUCAGAGAUUUGAACCCUGAAUAUAAAAGACACGACGAGCACAUGGCGACUGAAAGAGUUUUGCGUUGUUAUAAAGUCCAUCAGACCUCUCAGUCACACGUUCAGAUGACUGUACUUUUAUCAGCACAUCUAUACAUGUACUGAUAGGAGCUGUUGUCAGCUGAAGACAGGGCUACGUAACACUCCUAGCAAAAUGUCAUUAUCAUGGCAGUGAAUGCGCUAUAGACAGUGUUUAUUCAAUUUGGUAAAUGAUCAUGAAGCGGAUAAGAGGUGUAACACCAAAAAAAACCCCAAAUUUUAGCUCUUGAAUGACUCGAAAGCAACGUACAGUAUACAGAUGUAUACAAACACUGCAUGCAGGCGCCACAGAGUGAAAACUGUCCAGGGGACAAUGAAAAAGAGUUCUACGCGUUCUUGAGGGGCCAGCAGGUCCACAAAAAAUUUGGGGCUUCUGAAAGUAUUGACUGGGUCAUAAACCUUUACCGUAUUGUUAGAAAAUAACAAUUCUGUCACAUACAGUGUGUAUCUGCUAUUUACACGACGCGACAAAAUUCAAGCCGCCGUGCUGAGCCCCGUUUCCCGAGAGCAUUCACCUUAAUUUAUUCAGCUCAUGUUCAAUAUCAUUUCCAGGUUUUGUUCUGAGAUGAGAUAGCCUUAGUUUAAUAAAGAUGUGUAUUUAUAGAUCAGUUAAGUUGAGGCUGUUUGCAUGACAAAGUGUCAGGUAGCGUGGGGAAACCUUCCCCGGUGAAACUCCUCAGCAGCCUCAGGUCUGUUUGGAGGCUGACGCAGCUGCGGGCCUGACGGCGCAUUGCAUUGCUGUAUGUUGCGUGUUUUUGCUCUUGCCCCCCCCUUCCCCCUCGCCGAUUCUUUCCACAGACGCUUCAGGGGACAUGCCCUUUGUGUUUUUCAGAAUGUCACGUCUAACUCCAUUGUUUCUAAAUGACAAAUCUGGUGCUUAUUCUUUCGGCCGGUGGUCUAACGAAGGAAAAAACAGCCUUGGCAGUGGCAGGCCAUUCUCCUUGUUUUCUCCUGCAGUUUUUUUUUUUUUCCCAGACCACUGCAAAUAGCAGCAAGCUGCUUUAGACUUUUUCUAGGAGGAGCUUGAGAUUAGUCAAGUUAUCAGUCAUGUAUAUAACGUGUAUUCCGCUGUCCCCGUGGAAGCGCUGCGAGGAGGGACGACCGAACGAAGGCUGUAGCAAAAGGUGGUGACUUUUGAGAGAAGUUCAAACUGCUCAACUUUGUGCUUCCUUUUGAACAGAAACCUGUAAUCAAAGAAAAAGCAACUGUAUGUGAAUAUUCGUUGUAUAAAUAUAAUGAAAGUAAAUAAAGUACUUAAAUAUUAUAAUUAAUUACACGAGCCGCCGCUCCGUUGAUGGAAAUCUGUGAUGCCUUUGUUCUUAUCAGAAAUAGAUGGGACGUUUCAGGUUGCCUUCACCGUAGCCAGUAACUAGAUUAAACGUCACCUGGACAGGUGCGUUCCCUCAAAGUACAGCUGAGUCAUGAGGCUGUAUAUCAGUUCAGUAUCUGACAGUGCCGACUCCGGUUUAGGCCACCUGACACGCAUCCAAACUGUAACAUAUCACGUGUAGAUACACACUGUAAACACCAACUACACUGUACAGAAUGCCCCUUUACUGGAGACGAUGUGUAUAGAAGAUUCAUUUUUAAUCUGCUUCCACCCAUUUUAAAUGAAGAGAGAUGGAUUUAUGAGAUACAAAUAAAAAGAAGUGAAUAAACCCCCGCCAUGACCACGCUUGCUUCCUUUGCGGUUUGCGAUUAUCUGCUCAGGAGUCCCAAAAAACAAAACAAAACCUGUGGUUUGAAAGAAAACUAAACUAAUGUGCUCCGGGUUUGUCCGUUCUGCUUCGACUGGAUCUCGCCUUCUGAAAGAGCCACAUUUACUAAAUGUAUCUGACCGUUUUUCCUGCCUCUUUGAAUUUAUUCCGGUAGACUCAGUUUGUGCCUGAC